AUGUUCGGCUGCGGAUAUCCAUGUUCAUUACCAAUGUGUUCACCAUCGAUGAUGUGUCCAUAUGAUGUGCCGGUUCCACAACCUUGCCCUUGUCCGUAUCCUGUACCACAGCCAUAUAUUCAAAACAUCUGCCAACCGGUCGAUGUACCAAUUCAAAAUACAAUUCAACCGGUCAUUGUACCAACACCGGUCUGUGUACCUGUGCCUCAACCAGUGCCAGUUGAUCGACCAUGUGCUGUGCCCGUUCCUCAACCUGUACCGGUGCCGAUAGAACAACCUUGUCCAGUACCUGUUCCUGUUCCUGUUCAAGUGCCAGUUCCUCAACCAUAUCCUGUACCUCAACCUGUUGUAGUACGCGAACCAGUAUGCGUACCUGUUCAAGUGCCAGUACCAAUGCCAAUUUAUUCACAAGAAGAAUAUUACUAUCCUGAGCCAUGUUACGAAGAAGAAUAUGAAGAACCAGUAUAUAUCAAACGUCAUCGUCAUCGUCAUCGUCAUCGUCAUCGUCACCCACGACGAAGAUCGUGUGCACCGCCUGCACAACCAAUAAUUGUACAGGUUCCAGUUCCAGAACCACCCGCUAUCGUCGAGCAGCCACUUCAAGUGACGGAAUAUGUUCAAGAUAUUUAUCCACCAGCACAAGUGUAUACCGAUCAGGUUCCUGUGGGUUAUGUUGCACGUAAUUCCGUAGUUCAGCAGCCUGGUGUCAUUCAAAAUCAAGAAAUACUCAAUUGCCAACCAGGAGUUAUUUUACCGCCUGCACCCUACGUACAGCCACAUCAACAGUUAAUACAACAAUUACCUUGUGGACAGGUCGUUCAACGACCCCUAUGUGUAGGAGGCGGAGGUGCUUUACAAACUAUUUUAGCGUCACAACAACCUUGCUCUCCUAUGCCCAAUAGUGGUUGUGUACCAAGUCCUUGUUUUUCCAGUACACAGCUAUGUUGA